UUGGCCAGUCAGGUGAUAUUUUCCGCUUCACCAUUUUGUGCUGCUGCUACGCCGUGUAAUUAUCAGAAGAUUCGUGACUAGUCCAUUUACAUUGCUAGUUAGCUACAUAKGUUUCCCAGUUUACAUUUAAAGAGCGUGUGGCCUUCGAUAGGUUUAGUCGGUAAGCCAUUAAGGGGAACCGCAAUAUCCGUUUUGUAUUUCGUGGUUGUUUUUUGUAACUUAGAGAAUGUCGUCCGAAAGCCCCGAAUACGCUCCGUUCUUCGCAGUGAUGGGUGCCUCUGCAGCUAUGGUUUUCAGCGCCUUGGGAGCAGCCUAUGGCACGGCUAAGAGUGGAACGGGGAUUGCUGCCAUGUCAGUGAUGAGGCCAGAGCUCAUCAUGAAGUCCAUCAUUCCCGUGGUCAUGGCGGGUAUUAUAGCCAUCUACGGCCUGGUAGUAGCGGUGCUCAUCGCUAACAACAUCUCCGAGAAGGUCACCCUCUACAAGAGUUUUCUCCAUCUUGGUGCUGGGCUGAGUGUGGGCUUGAGCGGGUUGGCAGCUGGCUUUGCAAUUGGUAUUGUAGGUGACGCGGGGGUUAGGGGCACGGCCCAGCAGCCCCGGCUCUUCGUGGGCAUGAUCCUCAUCUUAAUCUUCGCCGAGGUCCUCGGGCUCUACGGCCUCAUCGUGGCCCUCAUCCUGUCCACGAAAUAAACCACCAACCUCUCCACCAAAAUCUGUCUUUUAUGUUGCUGAAGGAGAGAAAAAUAAAUAAACGGAAUACUGGAUAAAUGAAACGAAUGACAAAAUAAGUAUGAAAAAAAUAAAUAAAAAAUGGCUCCAUAAAUAUGGUCUUAUCUCUACAAUGUGUACAGUCGUCCCAAUUUGAUAGUCAAAUGUAAUGUAGUGAUUUGUCUGUCCUGUGUGUUGCAAAAUGUAUGAAGAUUCCCUUUCGCCCCACUGGUUUACKAGCCUCCAGGCUUGCCAGGUUUCUUGCUGGUUUCUGCCUCUGGUCUUUGAGAGCUGACCAAAGGGCCCCACUGCUUUCUCUCCUCCUGCAUUGAUUUGGCUGUUUACAUGAUUUCUGCCUGAGGAUCUAUUUGUAAAGAAAAAAAAAUAUGUAUGGACAUGUUUUUGUUUUUCCAUUAUUUAUAAAUGUUUAAAUGGGGCAAAAAUCUUUAAUUCCCCAUGAAUUAUAUAGAUUUAAUGCACUGUGGAUUAAUUGUGAUGUGGUUGGAGUUCAUCUGGAUGUAUUAUUUGGUUUAAAAUUAAGAUUGCCUUUAGUGUGUGGCUGGUGGAGUGGGAGUUGUGUAACUAUUUUAAUCCGAAUGAAAACYUUGAAGUGUUUCGAAUGUUUUCAUGUAGUACCGCUGUUUGAUUGCAUUAAAGGUUGUUGCCCAGUGUUGGGUCUCACAAGUGUAAUUUUCAAAA